GUUAGGUUGUGCAUGACGCACAUAAGAAAUAUAUUUGCCGAUGAAGAAUCGACUGAAUCGUACAGUAUAAUAUAUCAAAAAUAAUUUUCUAUGAUGUCGUCUGACAUCAAGGACGCUGAAUUCCAGGCGUAUAAAGAUGAUUCGCGAAUUCCUUGCCAGUACGGUGCCGAAUGCUAUCAAAAAAAUCCGCAACAUCACAACAAAUACAAACACCCGCCAAAAAGAAAAAUGAUGGUAGAAAAGAAAACUGAGAAGAUAAUUACUGGAGAAAAGAGAAAACAGCCUAUUAAAGAUGAUAAAAAAGCAGGAUCGGAGAGUCCACAAAGAAAAUUGCAAAAGACGCUUGAGACUUCUGAAAAAAAUUUACAUAGUCUUUCUCCAAGUCCAGAGAGAAAUGAUGUCAUUAUACAUAAUAAUGAGGAUGACAAUGAAAACUUGAAAGAGAAAACAGAAGCAUCAGAUAAGAAAAUAUUGAAUAGACAUAAUUCAUAUAAUUCAGUCGAAAACGAUGCAACUGAGAAUACAUCAAUGUCUGAUGUGAAUGUCAAAAAAAUUAUUGCGGAUCUAUUUCUGGUCGAAAUGCCAGAAGAUUUUUUUCAAUUUUAUGAAUUUUGUAAAAGUAUAUCAAAAGAUAAUCCCCUUUUGGCUUGUAAAUCUAUUCGCUUGAAACUUGUGGGUCCAUAUGAUAUACUGGAUGGUAAAAUAAAAAUUUUGAGUGAAAACGAUAAGGAAAGAUAUUUGACACACUGGAGAUAUUAUUAUGAUCCUCCAGAAUUUCAGACUAUUGUGAAAUGCGAUAAUAAAGAAGGAUUACAUUUUGGUUACUGGCGAGAUGACACUGUAGAAAAACCAGUAUUUAUAGCAAAAAAUGAAGCAAAUGUGAAUGGUAUAUUUGAACCCGUUGCAGAAAAUAUAUUUGGUGCUGUCGACGCUUAUUUGUACAACAAAGUGAAAUCAGCUAAUCCUUUCGAGAAAAUCAGCAUAACACGUUUGCAUUCACAACUGAAGAACUUUGCCAAACAGCACAAUAUAACUUUGGAGAAAAAUACCGCAGACAUGAGAGCGAGAGAGAGGCUAGUUGUAGCGCGAACCUUUCAUAAAGCAGGCAUAGUAGUACCUUAUGAUAAGAAGACUCAAUUGGGUUAUAGAGAUUUGGCAGCAACCGACAAUGACUUGCAAAAGAUAUUGAAGCAGAUAGAGGAAGCUGGUACUCCGGAAGAUAGAAAAAUAUCGAUUGCGAAGCUCGAUGAAAUCGUAAGGUUGGCGACGAUAGCCGCGGACGAAUGCGACUUCGGUACUUGCUUGGAGCUCGGACACGAUCUCUUUUCGAACGGCGGUUUUCACGUACAAACUAGAGCUCUGCAGAUGCUAUCUAUCGCUUACACUCAUUUAAAAAGACCACAGCUGUUGAAAAUACUUGAAGCACAUUUGAAAAACAGGAAGAAGGAUUGUGAAUUAAGUGUAAUUUAACGAAAAGACAUUUAAAGACGUUUAUAUAUCAUAUAUAGUUUUUUUUAAAUUAAAUUUUGAUUACACACGCAC